AUGGCAACCAUACGGCCAGCUCUCCGGAUCUUCUCUCCCUUGGGAAGCAUCCGCUGUACGCCCGCCGCACGACCCCACACGCCGGCGCGGCAGUUCUUCAACCUCCCGAAUAUCCCCUCAUCCGAGCCGCAGGUCCUGACGGCCUCCCGAACCCUCCCAUACCCCUCCGCCCAGCUCUACGACGUAAUCUCCGACGUGGACUCAUACUCGACCUUCGUGCCAUACUGCGCGCAGUCCCGUGUCACGCAAUGGACCGCCCCCGACAAGAACGGGCGCAAAUGGCCCGCGCAGGCCGACUUGCGCGUGGGCUGGGGCGGCUUCGAGGAGACAUUCACGAACGUUCCGGGUGCCAGCCCGGGCAAUGGAGGAGAGGGCGGUGCGGUGUUCAGGAGCUUGGUGACGAUGUGGCAGCUGCGGCCACUGGCUACGGGCACUGGCACGGAGGUGGACCUGGUCAUUAGGUUCCAGUUUGCGAACCCGUUGUACUCCGCUGUGAGCGCUGCGGUGUCUGAUAAGGUGGCUGGUGUAAUGAUUCAAGCGUUCGAGAAGCGCGUCAAGGGUGUGCUUGGUAGACCAAGGAUAUAA